AUGCUGGUGAAGAAGCAAGCAGGGAAAGGAGGGGGGCGGGAGCCGGGCUCCGAGGACCGGAGCCCAGCCGGGCAGCGUUGUGCCCGGACCGUGUCCCCGUGCGCCGCCCUGGCCGCCCUCCUGUCAGUAGUGGCCGUGAUGUCUUGUCUGUACCUGGGGGUGAAAACCAACGACCUCCAGGCGAGGAUCGCCGCCCUCGAAUCAGCCAAAGGAGACCCUUCCAUCCGUCUGCUGCCUGAUUGUCUGGAUCAGCUCAAAGCAAUGGUGCAAGAGAAAGUGGAGCGACUUCUGGCUCAGAAGUCCUAUGAACAUAUGGCUAAAAUAAGAAUCGCAAGAGAAGCACCUUCAGAGUGCAACUGCCCAGCAGGCCCUCCGGGGAAACGAGGUAAAAGGGGCCGAAGAGGAGAAUCUGGUCCUCCUGGUCAGCCUGGUCCUGAGGGCCCUCCUGGUCCAAAAGGUGAUAAGGGAGAACAGGGCGAUCAGGGACCUCGGGGUCUGCCAGGCUUCUCCACAGUUGCCGCUCUGCACAGUAAUCAGAUCCUCACCGUCAAGGGUGACCAAGGACAGGCUGGGCCUCCAGGCCCUCCAGGACCUCCAGGCCCACGAGGACCUCCUGGGGACACAGGGAAAGACGGCCCCCGCGGAAUGCCAGGAGUGCCUGGUGAACCAGGGAAACCAGGAGAACAAGGCUUGAUGGGUCCUCUGGGGCCUCCAGGACAAAAGGGUUCUGUUGGAGCACCUGGAAUUCCAGGGAUGAAUGGGCAAAAGGGUGAGCCCGGUUUGCCUGGAACAGGAGGACAGAAUGGAAUGCCAGGGCCCAAGGGAGAACCUGGAGAACGAGGAGAAAAGGGAGAUGCUGGAGAGAAUGGCCCCAAAGGUGAUACAGGUGAAAAGGGUGACCCUGGAUCGUCCGCUGCAGGAAUUAAGGGAGAGCCCGGAGAAUCUGGUCGUCCAGGGCAAAAGGGUGAACCAGGGCUUCCUGGGCUUCCUGGACUUCCGGGGAUAAAGGGAGAACCAGGUUUCAUUGGUCCUCAAGGAGAACCAGGCUUACCAGGGUUACCAGGAAUAAAGGGCGACCGUGGGGAGGCAGGGCAUCCUGGAAGAGGGGAUCGAGGGGAGCCUGGAGCCCCUGGACCAAAGGGCGACCGUGGCGACAAAGGGGACUCUGGAGCCCUGGGACCGAGGGGUCCACCUGGUCAAAAGGGAGAUCAAGGAGCCACCGAGAUCAUAGACUACAACGGCAACCUCCACGAAGCCUUGCAGGGUCCCCCUGGACCACCUGGACCUCAAGGACUACAAGGGCCAAAGGGAGAGCCAGGAUCUCCAGGAGUCCCAGGAGUUGAUGGAGAGCAGGGACUCAAAGGUUCAAAGGGAGACAUGGGGGACCCAGGUAUGCCAGGUGAAAAAGGAGGAAUUGGACUUCCUGGAUUACCGGGUGCCAAUGGAAUGAAAGGAGAAAAAGGAGACUCGGGAUUGCCAGGUCCUCAGGGUCCUUCCAUCAUAGGCCCACCAGGCCCACCAGGUCCCCAUGGCCCACCAGGCCCCAUGGGACCCCAUGGACUUCCUGGACCAAAGGGUGAACCAGGGUUAAAUGGUGUUAAAGGAUUGAAGGGUGAACCAGGUCAAAAGGGUGACAGAGGACCCCUUGGUCUUCCAGGAGCAUCUGGCUUAGACGGAAAGCCAGGAUCCCGGGGUACAGAUGGCCCUAUGGGACCCCAUGGCCCUGCAGGUCCCAAAGGAGAAAGAGGUGAAAAAGGAGCUAUGGGAGAGCCGGGACCCCGAGGGCCGUAUGGUCUUCCCGGUUUCCCUGGUCCACGAGGCGAGAAGGGUGAUCUAGGAGAAAAGGGGGAAAAGGUGACCUCUCCAGCCUAG